UUAGUUUGAAAGGUUCAACUACUCCAUUUUGCCGCCAUUGUCCAAUACCGCCAUGCAUAAACCAAGUUGAUGAGUGGCGUUCUUUCUUCUCACCAUCGCUCUUUCUUCACCACACUUUUGCAAUUUACCCAUCAAAAGGACCUCCAAAAAGGCAAGGCUCUCCACGCCCAGAUCAUCAAGACCGAUUCAUCCACGUGCAUAUACCUUGCAAACAGCUUUGUCAACUUCUACGCCAAAUGCGGGCGCUUAGAUAAGGCCAGGCUUGUGUUUGAGAAAAUAAGCGACAAAGACGUGGUCUCAUGGAACUGCCUCAUCAAUGGAUACUCUCAACAGGGCCCUGCAGGCUCUUCUUUUGUCAUGGAACUCUUCCGGCGAAUGAGGGCAGAGAAUACUGUUCCAAAUUCCCACACCUUUGCUGGAGUUUUCACUGCCACUUCGAACAUGUUGGACAUUUUAGGUGGUCAGCAAGCUCAUGCACUUGCUAUGAAAACUGCGAGUUUUUGUGAUGUUUUUGUUGGGAGCUCGCUUCUGAAUAUGUACUGCAAAGUGGGUCUUCUAUUGGAAGCUCGCAAGUUGUUUGAUAAUAUGUCGGAGAGGAAUUCGGUUUCUUGGGCUACAAUUAUAUCUGGAUAUGCAAUGCAACGAAUGUCUGUGGACGCUUUGGAGCUUUUUGAAUUGAUGCGGCAGGAAGAAGAGGAUGAGAAUGAGUUUAUUUUGACUAGUGUUCUUAGUGCAUUAGCAAGCGAUGAAUUCCUUAAUAAUGGUAAGCAAAUUCAUUGUCUUGCAUUUAAAAGGGGUUUGUUAUCAUUUGUUUCUGUUGAAAAUGCUCUUGUUACAAUGUAUGCAAAAUGUGGGAGUUUAGAUGAUGCAUUUAAAACGUUUGAACAGUCCAGUGAUAAGAAUUCCAUCACGUGGUCGGCAAUGAUCACGGGUUAUGCUCAAAGUGGGGAUUCUCAUAAGGCUUUGAAAUUGUUUUCUCAUAUGCAUUAUUUUUGUAUUAAGCCCAGUGAGUUUACUUUUGCUGGGGUCAUCAAUGCUUGUAGUGACAUUGGUGCUGAUACGGAAGGAAAGCAAGUGCAUGGCUAUUCCCUGAAGAUGGGAUAUGAAUCCCAAAUAUAUAUAAUGACAGCUUUGAUCGACAUGUACGCCAAAUGUCAUAGCACAGACGAUGCUCGCAAGGGAUUUGAUUAUUUACAAGAACCUGAUAUUGUUUUGUGGACUUCUAUGAUUGGAGGGUAUGUACAAAAUGGCGAGAAUGAAGGUGCUUUGAGUUUGUACUGUAGAAUGCAGAUGGAGGGGAUUAUGCCCAACGAGCUCACCAUGGCUAGUGUCCUAAAAGCAUGUUCAAACCUUGCUGCUUUGGAGCAAGGGAAGCAAAUUCAUGCCUGUAUCAUUAAGCAUCAAUUUAGUCUUGAAAUUCCAAUUGGAAGUGCUCUUUUGACCAUGUAUGCAAAGUGUGGUAGCUUGGAAGACGGGGGCACUGUAUUUAGGAGGAUGCCUACAAGGGAUGUGGUGUCAUGGAAUGGAAUGCUAUCUGGCCUUUCUCAAAAUGGGCGUGGUCAUGAAGCUCUAGAAUUGUUUGAGGAGAUGCAAUUGGAGGGCACGAAGCCAGACUAUGUGACAUUUGUGAAUAUUCUCUCUGCUUGUAGCCAUGUGGGAUCGGUGGAGCAAGGUUGGCUUUAUUUCGAGAUGAUGUUUGAUGAAUUUGGUAUAGUUCCAAGUUUAGAGCACUAUGCUUGCAUGGUUGAUAUCUUGAGCCGUGCCGGAAAACUCAAUGAUGCCAAAGAAUUUAUUGAAUCUGCAACUGUUGACCAUGGUAUGUGUCUAUGGCGUAUCUUGUUAAGUGCUUGUAGGAACUAUCGUAAUUAUGAAUUGGGAGCCUAUGCUGGAGAAAAGCUAAUGGAGCUAGGUUCACAAGAAUCAUCUGCAUAUGUUUUGUUAUCGAGUAUCUAUACUGCCUUGUGUAAGUGGGAAGAUGUGGAACGGGUUAGGAGGAUGAUGAAACUCCGAGGAGUGAAUAAGGACCCUGGGUGUAGCUGGAUCGACUUGAAGAGUAAGACUCAUGUGUUUGUUGUUGGAGACCAGAUGCACCCACGGAUUGGAGAAAUACGCAUAGAGCUACGGAUGUUAACCAAACAGAUGAAGGAUGAAGGUUACGAACCCACUUCUUAGUUCAACUCGAGGUAUUGAAAAUUGAGAUUACAUGUCAACUUCAAGUGGCAGCCAUUAUUCAUGAGAUUAUAUAUAUUGUAGAAAACUAAUAUAUCAGGUUGUAAUGGCCUCUUUUGUAUUUGCUCAAAAUUCUCUGUGGUUAUUCACCAGGUUAAUCUGAGUUUUCAACAAAUAGCAAACAAAAAACACUUUCCUCUCUUCUUACAAA